AUGCCAGUUCAAUUUGUCAAAUCAACGGAAGAUUUCGACGGUUACUUGGCUAGAAAUAACUUCUUUGUCGCCAAUUUUACUGCACUGUGGUGUCCUCCUUGUCAAGUUGUCAAGCCAGUAAUUGAUCAACUUUAUGCAGAUGAAAAUGGCAGAUAUGCCAAAAUAGAAAUCGCAAGAGUCGAUUUGGACUCUUCUCCUGAGCUUGCAUCAAGAUAUCAUGUAACUAGUAUACCUACAUUUAUAUUUUUCGAAAAGGGAAAGGAGACGAGUAGAAUCAAUGGAGCGAAUAUACCAGAAGUUGUGAAGCGCUUAGACCAAAUGAGCUCGAAGGCUUCCAAUGAUGUUAAUGCUGGAAGGCAUGGAGCUCAGAGUCCUGUGAGUUCAGUAUCUUCAGUGUCCUCAUAUCAAAAAGAAAUCUCUAAGUUGAUUCCCAGUGGAUUUGAAAUUUUGAAUAGCUCUAUUGAAUUUCCACAGUUUGAAGCGUUGAAUUCUUUGGCUUUACUGAAAACUUCAGACGACGCAAGCGAAAUAAAGAAUUUAUUUAGACUUGACUCAAAGGUUGAGAAUAGUGCUGUUAUCUCCGACGCUGAUUCACAAUUGUUGUUCUAUGUACCGUUUGUCAAUAUUUCAAAAGUUUAUUCUAUCUUGAUAAAGAUUGCUGACCCUAAGGAAUUGGCUUCUGACAAAUAUGAGCUCAACGAGGAUGAGUUAAAAAAUGAGACGCAAUCCCCAAGUCUUGUGAAAGUCUGGUUUAAUCAGACAAGUGUUUUAUCAUUCGAUGAUAGUGCUAGCGAUUCUAAUGCACCUCACAUUGAAAAGAUUGACAAGAAAAAUGGAUGGUAUGAGUGCAAAUUAAAGUUUGUCAGAUUUCAGUCGGUUCAAAACUUGAAGAUCUUCAUUGACGGAGAAAAUGAAGACUUCCAUACAUUAGUACAAAAGAUAAUAAUAGUAGGAGUGAGUGGAGAGUCCAAAGACAAUUUUAAACUCGAGAAAUCCUCUGACGAAUAG